AUGGAUUCAUGGAAGGAAGAUGUGGAUUGCUGCUUGUGGGACGGUGUGACAUGUGAGGAUGAGACAGGAAACGUCAUUGGUCUUGACCUCAGCAGCCGUGGGCUUCAUCGCAACAUCGACUCGAGUAGUAGCCUUUUCAACCUUUCUCACCUUCAAAGGCUCAACCUUGCAAAUAAUGACUUCCACAGCUCUGAAAUCUCUCCAAUGUUUGGUAGGUUUCCUAAUCUCACACACCUUAACCAGUCAAAUUCAUCAUUUGCAGGGGACAUCCCAUUUGAUCUGUCUCAUCUAUCUCGUUUGGUUUCGCUUGAUCUCUCUUACAGUCUAGGUCUACGACUUGACACAUCUGUUUACAAUGCUCUUGCUCGGAACCUAACCCAAUUAAGAGAAAAUUUUCUCUCCACUGUAAAUAUGGCUUUGGUUCAUCCUAAUAUGCUGUUGAACCUAUCAUCUUCUUUGACCUCUCUUAAUGUCGUGGGUUCUGGAAUCCGAGGGAAUUUCCCGGCUGCUUAUUCUCGUAGUCUACCAAACUUGCAACUUCUAGAAUUAAGUGAAAACAUUGAUCUAACAGGUUCUCUACGAGAGUUUAACUGGACUAUUUCUCUCAAAUACUUGGAUCUUAGCUUCUGCGGUUUCACAGGGGUGCUUCCCAAGUCCAGGGGGAACCUCACAAAAAUUACUCAUAUCUUCCUCCAAUAUAACAGUUUCGGUGGUGAGAUUCCAGCAGCCUCCAUCUCAAACCUUGCCCAGCUUCAAUUUUUGAAUCUUCUAGGAAAUAAUUUCCAGGGUCGGAUUCCUAAUGCAUUUGAGAACCUGAGUAAACUGACAUUCAUAAAUCUUGAAGGCAAUAGAUUCACAGGUCAGCUGCCCACAUCCAUAUUCAAUCUAACUAAAGUUUCAUAUAUGGAUCUUUCAGGUAAUCAACUUAUAGGUCCUUUCCCUGAAUAUGCAACUGGGCUUUCAAAGCUCCGUAGACUUGACUUGUCUGAUAACAUCCUAAAUGGGACAAUACCUCCUUGGCUUGUCAGUUUGCCCUUAUUACAAUAUUUGUUUCUCCAAGACAACUUACUCACCGGUAAUAUUAGAGAAAUCAAAGGCUUUUCAUUAUCCGUCAUUGAUCUAACUAAUAAUAAGCUAUGUGGACCUGUUCCCAGAUUUACCUUUGAACUUGAGAAUCUGAAUUAUUUGAGGCUUUCGUCAAAUAAUCUAAGUGGAGUCGUCGAGAUAGACAUGUUUCAGAAGCUCAAAAAUCUGCAAGAGCUUGAUCUUUCUGGUAACAGACUCUUAUCGUUGGACACCACCCACAAUUUCAACUUUACACUUCCUAGUCUUACUAAUCUACUUCUGUCUUCACGCGACAUAAAAGAAUUCCCUCAUGUUUUAAAGGCUUUUACAGGCAUUUUAGAUCUUUCCAACAAUCAAAUUCAUGUCCCAAUCCCCCAGUAG